CGUACACUUCUAUAACCUCUUGACGAGCUAACUACUACACACUCUUUUACAGGCCACACUCUUUCACCACUUUUCGUCAGCGACUUCUUUCAACAACAAUCCCAUCACAUCAGCAAAAUGCGAUUCGCUACUUAUGUCCUCGCCGCCUCCGCCGCCGUCCAGUCUGCCAUGGCUGGCGUCUACAUCACCAGCCCUGUGAAUAGUACCGCUGCCAUCGGUGGCCAGGUGCUUGAAGUCAAGUGGGCGGACGACGGAGAGACUCCCACCGUCGCCGACAUUGGACCCUGCGAUGUCUCCAUCUACACUGGUUCUGUCAACAACCAGGUCAAGUUGCAGAACCUCGCCGCGAGCGUCGAUGUCUCCAAGGCAAGCAGCAUCUCUGCUACCAUCGACCCUUCUAUUGGACAGGAUGAUUCCCACUACUUUGUUCGAUUCACUUCCCUCUCCUUGAAGGACUCUACCAACUCCCAGUACUACUACGAGGCGUUCUCCUCCAUGUUCUCUAUCAAGUCCAUGACUGGUUCUUUCAACGCUACCGUGUUGGCUGCCAUUGACGCGUCCUCUUCCUCCUCUUCCGCUGUAUCCUCCUCUGUAAAGGCUUCUUCUACUGUGUCUGGCUCUGUCGCCGCCGAUGUCGCUUCCGCCACCAAGUCUUCCUCCACCAGCUCUUCCACCAGUACUUCCACCGCUUCUUCCUCUGCCGCCCUCACUCGCGUGGGCGGAGCUCCUGUGGCCCUUGCGCUCACCUUCGUUGGUGCCGCGAGCUACUUUAUCCUUUAAGCGCCUCGUUAACGAGGGGCUGUCAAAUAACCACGGACAAUUCAAAACUUGCUUUAUCGCUCUUUUCAUUCUUCGUGGGACUUUUGACACCGUUUGUCUAUACGAGACCAAGUCAUACACUCUCUGUUUCUCGCUGGGCUUUCAGGAAUAACCCUGUCUAUCAACACAUAAAUAUAUACUUCUCUGUCCCUAAACUGCUUCUAUACCGCCGCUGUUUGUCCCCCUUCUUCUAUUAAUCGCAUUGAGUGCAGACUUUAUACCCGGCCUUGAGGGCCUUGUGAUGAAAGUCGAUUGCUUUUUCCCAACUGGCAGCGAUACAUCAGCGCAUUUGCUCGGACUGUCACUGAAACAAUGCACCAAGUGUUACGUGGCCGCUGUGGCUUUCGGUCUGAUCAUGAUUGGGAUGCCGUUGGCAGAGCCCUAGCCGCUUGCCCUAUCAUGACACUCGUACGAGCCUCAGUUGUUCUUCUUCCCCUCUUCAUCGUUCAUGUCGCGAGCUCCCUGCACUUUGGGUCGUUCUGCGCACAAUGCUCAAUGUA